CUAUAGAAGAGUUUCUCUAUAAUGAGAUGAUGCUAACGGAACUGUACCUUUGUAUUCAAAACGUUUGAAAUUUAUUUGUAAGAUUACAUGUUAGAAUUGGUAGAUAAGAACCACUCGAAGAGUUCAACUUUGAAAGUAGAAACAUGGGAAUAAAUUUUAUAUCUUGGAUCCUCCUUCUUCAUCUACUAGUAAUCCUUCUGUUUUCUCAUGGAGACCAAGCUAGGGAAUUGGUUGAAACAGAAGACAAAUCAUUGAAAAUUCAACACAAACAUCAUCAUAAUCAUAUGAAUCAUAAUAUUGAUCCUUCACUAAUGGUAUUCUUCACUUUAAAAGAUUUGAAAGUAGGAAAAAUAAUGCAAAUUUAUUUUCCUAAGAGAGACCCAUCAACUUCCCCUAAGUUAUGGCCCAAAGAAGAAGCUGAAUCACUUCCUUUCUCAUCAAACCAACUCUCAUAUCUUCUAAAAUUCUUCUCUUUCUCUCGAGGUUCACCUCAAGGCAUAGCAAUGGAAAGCACCUUAAAAGAAUGUGAAAGCAAACCCAUCAAAGGAGAGGUUAAGUUUUGUGCUACCUCUUUAGAAUCUAUGCUUGAAUUUACACAAAACAUUCUUGGUUCAGAAUCCGAUAUCCAAGUUUAUGCAACUUUGCACAAAACCAAAUCAAGUGUUACUUUUCAAAAUUACACAAUAGUAGAAAUUAUGAUGGAAAUUCGAGCUCCAAAGAUGGUGGCUUGUCACACUGUGCCUUAUCCUUAUGCUGUUUUUUAUUGUCAUAGUCAAGAAAGUGAGAAUAGGGUGUAUAAAGUUUUAUUGGGGGGUGAGAAUGGAGAUAAGGUUGAGGCCAUGGUGGUUUGUCACUUAGAUACAUCACAAUGGGCACCUAGUCAUGUUUCAUUUCAAGUUCUUGGUGUUACACCAGGAAGCUCUUCUGUGUGUCAUUUUUUCCCAGCGGACAAUUACAUUUGGGUCCCUAAAGUGAAAUCACAAGGUUCUUCUAGCAUGUGAUUUCUUGUAGUAGUAUAGUACUAGUGUGCUUUGUCAUUUGUGUUCAUGUACUUCAAUGGUGCUAAAAAAUAACUGUGUUAUGUGCUGAGCUUAAUAAAUUGCUCAUCAGUAAACAUAAGAGUGUUUGCUUUUAUAAUCUUGUUGUAAUUUUGAAUCCUGGUGUUUUGGUCUGCUUAUUCAAUAUCUCUAUUAUAGAACUAUCCAUGGCUUUUAA